GCGGGUUGCUUGAGAGUGCAGCGGUUCACACAAAAACAUGGACAGACAAACUCUGAUGUCAAACUAGACCGUCUAACUGUCUAUGAUGCAUUUUACAAACCGUUGUAGAGAAAUAAAUCUGUAGUUAUCAGUGUUCAGGGGCAUACAGUGAGAUUUUAUUCACUCUCUUUGACUGAUCUGGAGAAUGGACCGACCGUCCAGCAGAAAUAAAAAAGCUGUUAACUACUCACAUUACUCAUAUUUCCAAGAUGAGGAUGAUGAGGAUUUCGCAUGUGUGAAACCUCCUCCCAAAAAAGCUCGGGUAGCCAUCAAAGACCCUGAUUCAGAGAGAAGCCAAAAGACUACAAGUGCAUCUCAAAAUCAUGUUGUUGUUGAUCUCACUGGGUCAGGAAACAGCAAGAGGGUGUCUCUGGAUGAUAAACUGUAUGAAAGAGAUUUGGAGGCAGCUCUAACACUGUCAUUGCUAGACUCCUCCAGAAAAGAAGAGGGAGAAUGUGCCACCAGUACAGAUGAUCAUGUCAAGUCUGAGCCUCUUCAAAGUUCACCACCUACUCUAACUCACUGCAGUGCUGAUGUCAAAAGUAUAGAUGAAGGUCAGCCACAUCUAGAUUCCCCUCCUGUUCUGUCAAACUGUAGUGUUGAUGGCAAUAGUUUAGGGUUGAAUGUGAUCAGCAGUAUGCAAGCCUCCCUUCACAGUGUUCCCAAACAGAUAAAAGCCUCUACGAAAGCCACAGAGCAGCAGAGAAAACCACUAAAGGGGGAGAAGGACAGUGGAGAAGAUGAAGACUACCAGCCGCAAAACACGCCAGAUUCAGAAAGCGAUGCAGACUUCACCGAGAAAGAUGAGAGUGAGGAUGAGACGUUCACAGUGAAGAAGAAAAAGGAGAAGACUGUGAAACAAAAAACAGAAAAAAAGAUCCCACAGGCAGCAAAAGACAAGAAAGAAACGAAGGAGAAAAGGCCAGUAAAAGCUUCUAAAGCAAAAGGCACAGCCUCCAAACCACUGAUUAGUCAGAGUCCAGCUGCUCCUGUGUCUGGACUAAAGAAGACCGCCACUACUUCAUCUCUAUCUAAACCUGCACUCUGCUCCAGUCCUGCAGGGGACAGACUGUCAAAGUGGAAUCCACCUGGUCUGGUUGGCAGGAGUCCUGGUGCAUCUCAGAAUGCAGUUGUGAAGUCUCCUGGACAGGGCCUGCGGUUAGGACUUUCCCGUCUUGCCAGAGUCAAACCCCUGCACUCUAAUACUGCUGCUCACUAAACGCACUUGUUUUAUAGACACAAUGUAAUUGUUAACUGCCCAGCAGUCUUAUCGAGGGGAUGCUUGGUAGUUUCCCCUCCCAAAGAGAAUUUCUAGAAAGUCCAUAUUAAGAUUAUUUUUAAAGCUCUUUCAUUCAUAAUUCUAUUCAUUACUACUUCUACUUUUUGUUGUAAGGUUUUUAAAUGUGGUGUAUUUAUGUAUUUUAGCCUUUUAAAUAUGCACUAUGAUAAACAUUAAAGAUUGAGGACAUGCUCAAAUUUGUACAUGCUUGACUUGACAAAAAAAAAAAAAAAAUGUAUUUGGAAAGAGCUUUGUGUUUGCUCCUUAUUGUAGUUAAGGUAUUUACAGUGAUGGUAUUUACUGUUAUACUUGCAGAUUGUCUCCCUCUAGUGACCAGAGCUGUGGGAACAAUUAAUAUUAUUUUAAUAACUAAUUGUUUCAAAACAUGAUGAUUGGCUGUCCUUGCUGUUUUGGUUACUUACAAGGUUUCUUAUCUUACUAGAGAUCACAGCGCUGUUCUCUGUAAAACUGUUAUGGAGCAAUGUGUAUUGUGAAAAGUGCUUUGCAAAUAACACUGAUACUGCAAACCAGAUCAUCAACACUUUUUACAGAAAGCUUAUGACAAAUCUUUUUACAUAGUAUGAAAUAUUAUUUAAGGAGGGGUUAUUAACAAAUAAUAUAUUACCAUAUAUAAACUCUCGAAAAGUUGAUCUGUGCCUGAGGCCUAAAGAGUUAUUUCCUUGAUAAUCAUUGAAAAAUGAUGGGUUUUUGAAGGGCCAUCAAUAA